UCCCCCGGGAAUAAAUCCAAGCACAAGAAACUGUUGACGAGCACAUGGAGAAGCGCGGCACGUCGCCUCCUCCCUCCCUCCUCCUCCUCCUCCUCCUCCUCCUUACCCGAGAAACCCAAACCCUUACCCUAACCCUAAGAAGAUCCGAUUCCGAUCCAUGGCUCUUCUCCAGCUCCCUCAACCAACCUUCUAUUCGUCUUCUCUUCUUGAGAGGAGCGCUCGAUCGGCUGCUCUUUCUUCGUCUAGGAGCGGAGAUCGGUGCUCGCCGGAUGCGAUUUCGAGGUCGUUGAUUCUUGGGAGGAAGCGGUCGUCGGGCCGGAAGCUCGGCAGCGUCUUGGCAAUGGCGGAUCCGUCGAUGUAUAAGAUGAAUCUUAAUGAGUAUAUGGUGACUCUGGAGAAGCCGUUGGGCAUACGGUUCGCGCUCUCCGCGGAUGGCAAGAUCUUUGUACACUCGCUCAAGAGAGGGGGGAAUGCUGAAAAAUCAAGGAUAAUUAUGGUGGGAGACAUGCUAAAAAAGGCAAGUAAUAAAUCAGAUGGUGGGUUCAUUGACAUCAAGGAUUUAAGCGAUGCAGAGAUGAUGCUUAAGGAUGCAGCAGGAUCAUGUAGUCUUGUACUUGAAAGACCAUUCUCUCCUUAUCCUAUUCAUCAAUUACAUUUAAAUGGUGUUUUUUAUAACUUAUUUAAUAGAGGUCGGGUUCCAUUUGCUACUUGGAAUAGAUCUUUGAUGGCAUCACAUCUGCAACCAUCUCGUGAGGGUACUGGAAACACUGGGUUUGCCAUUUUUUCUCCAAAGUUCUUAGCAUCACAUGGAUGGAUGCUUCUCUCAAGUGAACGAAGUGGAUCCAAUGAUUCUCAAAUGCAGAGUAAUAGUAGCUUUCUUGCGAAACAUACGAGUGAGAUCAUAGGUAUUUUUUCUGAGGAAGAGAGUAAAAAUGUUGAAUGGGCUUAUGGUAGCUUUCCACUAGAGGAGUAUAUCAAAGCACUUGAUCGAGCAAAGGGCGAGUUAUACUAUAAUCACUCACUUGGCAUGCAAUACAGCAAGAUUACUGAGCAAAUAUUUGUUGGUUCAAGCAUACAAACAGAGAAAGACGUGCAGAUGUUGUCAAAUGCUGUGGAUCAAGCAUCAGGGAAGGUGAUCGCGAAGGGGCCUAAAGGGAUCACUGCUGUUCUAAAUUUCCAGAGUGAAAGUGAGUGUGCCAAUUGGGGAAUUAAUUCAGAAUCCAUCAACAACUCUUGUAGCCAAUAUAACAUUCUGAUGGUUAACUAUCCGAUAAGGGAGGUGGAUUCUGGAGACCUAAGAAAGAAGCUUCCAUUUUGUGUAGGGCUUCUACUACGGCUUUUGAGGAAGAAUUUUCGAAUAUAUGUGACUUGUACAACUGGCUUUGAUAGAUCCCCGGCAUGUGUGAUUGCCUAUUUACACUGGAUUCAAGAUACUGCUCUCCAUGCUGCACACAAUUUUGUGACUGGAUUGCACUUGUGCAGACCUGAUAGAGCUGCUAUUGUCUGGGCAACUUGGGAUCUUAUUGCCAUGGCAGAGAAUGGUAAACGUGGUGGACCUCCAACACAUGCUGUGAACUUUGUGUGGAGUAAUGGGAGCCGGGAGGGUGAUGAGGUAUAUUUGGUUGGGGAUUUCAUAAGCAAUUGGAAAGAAUCUAUCAAGGCUGUUCACAAGGGUGGAUCAAAAUACGAAGUUGAACUUCGACUCCGACAUGGGAAAUAUCACUAUAAGUUCAUUGUUAAUGGACAAUGGAGGCACUCGGCAGCAUUACCUACUGAAACAGAUGAACAUGGCAACGUCAACAAUGUUAUUAGAGUUGGUGAUAUUGCUCGCAUUAGACCUGCUCUCACCCAGCUACAAAUAAAGGAUCCAACAGUAGUCAAGGUAAUUGAAAGACCAUUGACUGAGGACGAGCGGUUCUUACUGGCCUUUGCAGCACGGCGUAUUGCAUUGUCUAUCUGCCCAGUCAAGCUGGCUCCCAAAUAGAUCUUCUGGCUCUCAGUUUGACAACUUUUUCUUCCUUUGGGAUAAGAGAGGUGCAUGGUAUAGGAACCUGAUUGUUGUCACCAUAUGAUAUCUGGAGAAUAGCACAUUACGAAGGACAUCACAGAGAUCCAAUCAUGUUACUUUUUGUUUAGGUACCACUAGAAGAUACAGUUAAUGAUAUUCAAUAAAUUUAUUUUAGUUAAACUCAUGACUGGAUCUAGUUAUGACUUGUGAACUAGUUUUAUUUCUUUUGAUGCUUAAACAUGGAUUUGACCUAAUUAUGACUUUCGAAAUCAUUUGCUUUACUUUGUAACUUAAUCACCGAUGGACUGGUAGCCUGUGAGGGGUUGUCUGAUUUCACUGGCACAAUAAAUUCUGUGAUGCAUUUUAAAUAUU